UAGUCCGCUCUGCACCGCUUUAAGAGAGAGAGCGGCUGUCUUCGCUCUCGUCCUUCCCCUCUCCUCUCCCACUUCCCUCCUCGUUCCUGAUCCGCCCCGCCGCCCACCCCACCUUCCUCGGCUUCUAAACCCUAGGGUUAGUGCUCUCUUUCCAAGGGCGAUAGCCAUCGCCCGUCGAUCAUGCCGCUCUUCCUCUCCGAGGAGGAGUUCCGGCUCCUCUCCCACGACGCCGCGGCGGUGGCGGAGAGGGCCGAUGCCGUCAUCCGGGACCUCCGCUAUCAGGUCGACACCGCCAAGGCGGAGAAGGACGCCGCCGCCAUUGCUGCCGAGCAGACCUGCGCUCUCUUGGAGCAGAGGUACGAGUCCCUCUCCGACGACCUUGCCCGGCUCCGGUCCGAGAAUGCCCAGCUUUCUGUCUCUGUUGAGCAGAGGCUCUCCGAAAUCGCUGAGAUCCAGGCCGAGAAGCACCAGCUCCAUCUCAAGGCCAUUGGAAAGGAUGGAGAGAUAGAGAGACUAUCGUUGGAAACGGUGGAACUGCACAAAUCCAAGCGCCAGCUUCUGGAAUUGGUUGAGCAAAAAGAUGUGGAGAUCAGGGAGAAAAAUGCCACCAUCCAAAGCUAUCUUGAUAAGAUCGUUAGUUUGACAGAUAAUGCUACUGCAAAGGAGGCCAGGCUGAAUGACAGUGAAGCAGAAUUGGCGCGUUGUCGUGCUACAUGUAAUCGUCUUACUCAGGAGAAGGAACUUCUUGAACGGCAUAAUGUUUGGCUUAAUGAGGAGUUGAGCGCCAAAGUUAACAGCCUUGUCGAACUACGUAAAACACAUAUGGAUGUUGAGGCAGAUUUGUCUGCUAAACUUGCUGAUUUUGAAAGACAGAUGAAUGAGUCUUCAAGCUUGUUAAAACGGAGUAAGGAAAGAGUAACUGAACUGGAGAUGAGAAUCACGUCCUUGGAAGAGGAGUUAUGCUCGUCUAAGGGUGCGGCUGCUGCUAAUGAAGAGCACUUUGCUGCUGAGCUAUCAACUGUCACAAAGCUUGCUGAACUUUACAAAGCGAGUUCAGAGGAAUGGUCCAAAAAGGCAGGGGAGCUUGAGGGUGUUAUCAAAGCAUUGGAGACACAUAUGACUCAAGUUGAAAAUGAGUACAAAGAAAAAGUUGAAAAGGAACUAUCACUUAGAAAAGAUCUUGAAAAGGAAGCUGCAGUCAUGAAGGAGAAGUUAGAAAAGUGCGAAGCUGAAAUUGAGAUUGCAAGGAAGGCUAAUGAGUCUAGCAUUCUUCCAUUAUCCAGUUUUCGUGCUGAUCCAACCUUGGAAGAACUUGAUAACGCACAUGAGGAUGGUCAGUUGGUUGUCCCCAAGACUCCGUUAGGUAUUUCAGGGACGGCAUUAGCUGCUUCCCUUCUCCGAGAUGGUUGGAGUCUUGCUAAAAUGUAUGAGAAAUCAGAAGCUGCUGAUGCUCUGCGACAUGAGAAAUGGGGACGGAAGCAUGCAGAGGCCAUUUUGGAACGGGUACUACAUGAAAUAGAAGAGAAGGCUGGGAUCAUUUUGGAUGAACGAGCUGAACAUGAGAGAAUGGUGGAAGCAUACUCUUUGAUGAAUCAAAAAUUGCAGCAGGCACUAUUAGAGCAUGAUAAUUUUGAGAAUACUAUUCGGAACUUAAAGUCUGAGUUGAAGAAGCGUGAACGUGAUCAAACUAUUGCACAAAAGGAGAUAAGUGAUCUUGAGAAGCAGGUAACAGUUCUUUUGAAGGAAUGCCAAGAUAUUCAACUUCGCUGUGGUGCUACCCCUCAGUUUCCUGGUGAAAAAUCUGUGACUAUGAUUUCAGUUGAUAUUGAUGAUGGCACUGAUGCUAGGAACAAGAUCUCUGAGCCCCAUAUGAUGUUUAAGGACAUACAUGGAUUAGUGGAGCAGAAUGUCCAGCUCCGAGGCCUUGUGCAUAGUCUUACAAGUGAAGAUGAAAAAAGAGACUUUGAACUAAGGGAGAGUUUCCAGAUUGAGCUUCAGAAGGUCACUGAUGAGGCAACUGCUAAGGUUGAAGCAGUGCUGAAAAGAUCCGAGGAACAAGGGCACAUGAUUGAAUCUCUUCACAGCUCUGUUGCAAUGUAUAAGAGGUUAUAUGAAGAAGAACGUAGGCUUCGUGCUUCUAGCCAUGUUUACACUGAAUCUGUUCCUGGAGAUGGAAAGAAGGAGCUUAUGCUUCUCUUUGAAGGUUCUCAGGAAGUUUCAAAGAAAGCAUAUGAGCAACUAACUGAACGCGCUAGAAAUCUUGAAGAGGAUUUGGCUAAAUUGAGGGGCGAGCUUACAUCGAUACGUUUAGAGCGUGAUAAGAUGAUCCUCGAAGCCAGUUUUGCUAGGGAAAGACUUGAUAGUUUCAAGAAAGAAUUUGAACACCAGAGAAAGGAGGCAAAUGCAGUUUCAGCUAGAAAUGUGGAGUUGACACACUUGCUGGUUGAUUAUCAAAAACGUCUCCGAGAAAGUUCUGAUUCUUUACAAGCCUCCGAGGAGAAUUUACGAAAGCUUUCUAUGGAGGUGUCUAUUUUGAAGCACGAAAAGGAAAUCCUUAUAAACUCGGAGAAAAGAGCUUCUGAUGAAGUUCGCAGUCUGUCUGAGAGAGUGCACCGUCUGCAGUCAAGCCUGGACACCAUUCAAAACACUGAGGAGGUUCGAGAGACUGCAAGAGCUGCAGAGAGAAGAAAACAUGACAAGUAUCUAAAACAAGUUGAAAGAGAUUGGGCAGAAACUAAGAAGGAACUUCAGGAGGAGCGAGAUCAUGUUCGUGCCCUAAUGCUUGAUAGGGAAAAGGCAAUGGAUAAUUCCAUGAGACAGGUGGAUGAAAUGAGAAAAGAAUUAGCUGAUGCUUGGCGAGCUGUUGCUUCGGCUGAAUCAAGGGCUGCCGUGGCAGAGGCUCGGUGCUCUGAUCUGGAAGCCAAACUCGGCUGUGCGGAGAAAAAGGUGAUUAAGAAGAGCGGUGGAAAUGAUCCUUCAGCAUUUUCUACAGAUGAGGUGACUGGAGAGUCAUGGAAAGUGAAAGAGGAGAUGGAAAAACUGAAGGAGGAAGCACAGGCCAACAAGGAUUUUAUGCUACAGUACAAAGAAAUAGCAUACACGAAUGAAGUUGCAUUGAAGCAAAUUGAAUCUGCACAUGAGGAAUACAAGGCCGAGGCAGAGAAAUUGAGAAAGUCAUUGGAAGAUGAAGUUCUUUCUCUGAGGAAUAAGGUGUCUGAGCUGGAGAAAAACUAUGUAUUGAAGUGUGAAGAAGCGGCUUCGGCCGUGGAAUCUAAAGAAAGAGAACUUUCUUUUGUCUUGGCCGAGACUUCAGGCUUAAGGGACGAAAUUGCUCAAAAGAUGACACAAAUAGAAGGGUUGGAAUUUCAGAUAUCCUCUUUGAAGGAUGAUCUUGAUAGGGAACACAUGCGUUGGCGAACUGCCCAAGACAACUUUGAGAGACAGGUUGUUCUCCAAGCUGAGGCAAUUCAAGAGUUGACUAAUACUUCUAAGGAACUGUCUUCGUUGCAAAGUGAAAUAGCAAAGCUGCGGAAAAUUUCAGAUGCACAAAAGGCUGAAAAUGAUUCUCUGAAAGCAUUGUGGGAAAAGGAAAAAUCAGAGCUGCAGGCACAAAAGGAUGGAGCUGAGAGGAAGUACAAUGAAAUAAAUGAGCAGAAUAAAAUAUUACACAAUCGACUGGACUCUUUACACAUUAGAUUAGCUGAAAGGGAACAAAGUUAUGCGGGAUUUUCUUCCCAAAAUGUAGAUUCAAAAGCUGAGAGUGACUUGCAAAAUGUUAUCAGCUAUCUUCGCAGGUCAAAAGAAAUUGCGGAAACCGAAAUAUCCUUGCUGAAACAAGAAAAGUUGCGGUUACAAUCACAACUUGAGAGUUCUAUAAAGGCCUCUGAAAGAGCUCAAACCUUACUACAUUCUCAACAUGAGAAUUCUAGAGCAAUAUUAUUCAAAGAUGAUGAAUUCAAGUCCCUACAGCUUCAGGUGAGAGAAAUUAAUUUGCUUCGUGAAAGCAACAUGCAGCUUAGAGAGGAGAACAAGCAUAAUUUUGAAGAAUGUCAGAAACUUCGUGAUGAAGUGCAAAAGGCUAAAAUGGGAGCUGAAAGAUUUGAAAAUCUUCUAAAAGAGAAGCAAAUAGAGUUUGAUGCUUGCCAGAAAGAGGUUGAGAUGCACAGGAUGGAGAUAGGGCAUCUGAACAAUAGGAUUGUUGAGUUAGUCGAAAGUUGUAAAAAUAUUGAUCCUGCGGAACAUGAACGAAUGAAGGACGAGCUCCAACAGAUUAAGGUCCUGCUGAAAGAAAAUGAGAUGGAGGUUCAGUUGACAAAAAAUCUUCUUUCCGAGAAACAAGAAACUAUAUCAAACUUGGAACAAGCCCUUGUGAAAUGUCAAUCAGAAUUAGCUGAACAAGUGAAAAGGUUAAAUGAUGCCCUUCAAAUUGAGGCAAAUAUCAGACAGGAAAAUGACAAGCAGAAGAAGAUUCUUUCUAUUUUGAAGAAAAAGAAUGAGACCUUGACAAAAGAGAAGGAAGAACUGAACAAGGAAAACCAAGCCCUUUCAAAACAGAUAGAAGAUUUAAAAUCAAGUACUAAUGCCCUUUCGAAACAGAUAGAAGCCAAGAAGAACACAGCUGACUCAGUGGACCAGGCCGCAAAGGAGAAGGACACCAGAAUACAGAUACUGGAGAAAACUCUAGAGAGAGAGAGGGAUGACAACAAGAAAGAGAAAGCAAAGCGGCAAAAGAAUGAGAAGGCAGUACUUGAUAUUAUGCAGACAGUAAACAAGGAUAAGAGAAGGCUUGUAGAGGAACUUUCAAAGCACAAACUUGCCAUACGUGCUGUGGUGGAGGGAACUGGACUAACUGAUACUCAACUUCCUCCUGGGUUUAGCUUGGAUGAAGAAACUCAUAAAUACUUCUUUUCCACUUCUAACUUGGGAGAAGCAGUGAAUUCCCUUUUAAAUGAUGGUCAGGGAAGUCAUCCCCUCACUUCAGACACAUCAACUGUGGAUACAUCCAUGGCCGCUCCAGGUCGGCAGGUUCCCUCUCAGCAGGCGAGACUUUCUACUACACCUCAUGUGAAAACAACACAGGAAAAAGAGAAAGGGUCUGCUGUGGUCAAACCAGUUAGUGAAGCCCGUAAGGGAGGGAGGCGGCUUGUACGUCCUCGUCUUGAGAGGCCUGAAGAACCUCAAGUUGACAUAGAAAUGUCAGGAAUGGAAGGGUCUACUGCAGCAGAAGAGGGAAAAGUUGGUACAUCUCAUGAACCAGAACUUUUAGGUGACAUUUCUUCGCGACAUCCAUCUUCUGCUCGCAAACGCCUGGCUUCAUCAUCAGCACCAGAGCUAAGAGAAGAGUCUGUUUCACAAGAAGAGACCGGACCUGAUGUUGCACCUCCAUUGAAGAAAUCCAAGGACUCUGAUGUCCAAGAGGCCUAUGAAGGAAAAACCAUCGCAUCAUCUUCUGAGAAUCCUGACACAGCACCACAGUCGUCUGUUCCAUCUGUUGAUAUUUCUGAUACACAACCACCUGUGGAAGAUACGGAAUCUGAUCAAGCUCCAGCCUUGUCAGGCGAGGAUAUUGUGGACACGGCGAAGGAUGAUGCUGCAACAAAUGAAGAAAUAGAGGAACAUCAAAAGCUAUCAAUGGAUGGUGCAAAUCAAGAAGAUGACAUUCAGUAUGAAGGGGAUGCAAUUGCAGAAGAGGUUGCUGAUAAGUCUAGAGCACCAUUGGAUUUGCUUGAUGAAUGCUUAAAGAAUGAAGAUGGAAAAGAAAUAUUGCAGUCUUUAGCUGCAGAUGGUGAAGAAGAGAGGGAAGAGGGGGAAUUGUUGCCUGAUGAACCAGAACAGCAACAAGAGGAUGGUACAUCAGUAGAAUGCCAGCAUGAGUCUGCGCCUGGUGAUGGAGAUCGGACUGGGGAUGAAACUGGGGAGCUUGUUGAGGCUGCCUCACCUGAAGUUGUGAGUGAAAGUGUUGAUGCUAUGGAAGAGGUUGCUGAAGGCAAUGAUAACAGUGAUCAUGGUGCUCCUGAUACUGUGCAGAGUCCACAGACAUCUGCAGGCAUAUCUGAGGUUCCACCAAGCACUCCUCCACAAAGUGCAGUCUCGGAACAGCAGAGUGCCAGCACUGUUACGGAUACAGAAGAAUCACGGGGCCACAGAACAAUAACCAUAUCUGAGAGAGCUAGACAGAAUGCCAUUUUGAGACAACAAGCCAGAAUGACAGCUCAGCCACCCUCAAGAAGAGGCAGAGCUGCUGGGAGUUACAGGAGAGAUGGCAAUCGGGGGGGAUCACGAGGUGGCCGAGGGGGACGUGGGUCAGCAUUUGGUGAUAGAGAACAAGUUUGAUUGAUGGGCAAAUAAUAAGCCCUUAGACGUUUCAUUUAUAUUUCCUGCACUUGUAAAUUUGGCUUCAGACAUGCCUGGGUUUGGCGGAGCCGUGCUUUAAUUUAUAAGUUGCUAAGAUGAAUGUUGCCGUCCAUAUGUAUUGCUCUUGAUUCUGCUUCUUUGAAGCACUUUGUCAUAAUCUUGGUUCAAUGUUUAAUGUCAUGCCUAGUAAAUUUUACCGAACCAUAA